CUAUGUUUUUGUGAAAUAUCAAUAGGGAAAAUUUUUAAAAACUUAAUUAUGACUUUGCGAGGUAUAAUUCAUGCUUAAUAGGCUGUGGCUUUUCACCUUUCACGUACAACCACACACACACACACACUUCAUGGCUAUACCGAGAGAUACAUUUAGUUCGGUACACUGUUAAAGACCAUACGAGCAGCACAAGAUGAAGAGCGUUUUGCUAUUGAUGUUGACUGUCGCUCAUUGCACUAGUGCGAGCAGUGCCGGCAGCGAACGUCAGUAUGAAACCACGCUGCUUGACCCGUACGUGGUGUUUGCUAUGACCGCAAUCAAUGACUACUUCUGUGAGAAGGGAGACGACAGUCCCAGGGCAGCACUAAGACUGGUUAAGGCUACCUGUCAGCUUGUGGCCGGAAAUUUGUAUCGAUUCAUUAUUGAGGUGAGCGGUGGGCAAACGAUAGACGAAUGUACAGUUAAAGUAUGGAGUAGACCAUGGCUACCCAAGCAAGAAGCCACAAAAACGACAGUACUAGAUUGUGUACCAAAAAUUUAAUGUGUUUCUAUUUUGAAAAAGCCUUCUAGGCCAAAGUUUUGUCUAAAUAGUAAGAAACUCUUAAAUCAAAAUUAUAUUAGUGUUCAGUAUUCUGUUUCAUUGAAAUAAGUUUCUGCAUAAUGUAGUCAAGCUUUAAGGAAAGGUAUGCAGUUAUGAUAUUUGAUUAUAAUAUGACCACUUAGUUUUGACUUUAAAAAUGACCAAGAAAACCAAACUAAGCCUUUUAUUUAAAAAAAGUGAUCAUUUAAUGACUAAAAACUCAGAAUGAUUGGUGAACAAAUGAUUGACACUAAAGUAUAACAAAAUAGAUUUCCAAAAUGAAUGCCACAAACAAUUACACACACACACACAACAUUUUUUGUAAUGGUUAAACAAUGAGAUGAGAGCAUAUUUAUAGUACAGCAAUCAAGAGUAAAAGUACUUAGCUGGUUUAAAAUUCCUAACAAAUAUCUAAAACAAUUAGUUUGGACUUUUACAUAAAAAGGAAGACUUUCUACAUGAUUGGUAAACAGGUACUAAAGGAAUUCUUAAGCUUUCUCUUUGAUCCAUUGGAAUAUAUCUACAAAUUUAAGAAGUAAUAUAAAGACUGAGAUAUUGAAAAGUCCUUGUCUUGUUGAGUUGAUCUCAUCUUCCUGUGUAACUGACUCCUCUAC